UCUGUGCCGGACUUUAAUGUGAAUAACAACGUUUACAGUCGUUGUCGAAUAAAUGUAUCUUGCAUCGAAUGCAAUUUUAACGCGUUAAGUAGCAACAAAUAAAAAAAACACCGUUUAUUUAUUUAGUUUAAAGUGAAUUUUAAAAACAGAAUAUAAAAUUAUCAUGUCCAAAAGUGCAAUAGACAAUAUUUAUUUGGUUGAGAAAUUUUAAAAAUUAAUAAUAUAAAUAUUAUUACACUUAUCUAAAUAAAAGCUGUCAAAAUGUUUAAAAUACGAGUAUCAUAUAAAUUUUGUGUAAUUUCCUUUGUGAUUUAUUUUAUAUCAAUGCAUUUAGCCAAUGCCUUACCAGAAUAUAGAUUCUCACAUUUGGACUCAAGUCCAAAUCCAGAAAUAAACUAUUUCUUUGAAAAAGACUGUGAAUGCGUGAAACUAAGAGACUGUAAGACUAUGAUUACACUUGCAAUAAAAUCUCAAUCAUCUGAAAAAGUUUAUAUUUACGAUAAAAUACGAAAGGCUUCGUGUGGUUUUGAUGAUAAUCACCCACUCGUUUGUUGUCCAUCAUCCGACGAGAAUAACUAUUCCCCUCAUGAAUUCGAAGAAGAAGACGAAGAUGAAAAGCCCUGGAUAUGGGAUACCACCAAAUUAAACAACAAUAAAUAUUUCUUGGAAAAUAGCAAAAAAAAGAAAAUUAUUCCAAAAUUUAAUUACGGUUUCGAAGAAUUCCCGGGCUAUGAACAAAAUCUAGUGGAUUUUGAAGAUCCUCACACAAGAAAGAAUUGCCCCCCAUCUUUCGAGGAUGGAUUUGAGGACGAAAUCAACAUCAAUUCGAGAAGGAAGCAAUUUAAACCUAUUAUUGAUCCACAUGGUUAUGACAGUUUUGAUGCUCUCUACGGUUAUCCAGCUCCCAGUGGGUUUAAGUUUUCAAAACUAGAUCCAACAGUUGAGCCACCAGUAACGAAACGAAUCGAAAUUGAUUACAAAUCUAAGCAAUUGAACUCGGAGUACUGUGGACUCUCAGUGAACACACGAAUCGUUGGUGGAAAAGAUAGCGGACCUGGCCAAUUUCCAUGGAUAGCCCGAGUUGGAUAUAAAAACAAGAGUAAGUAAAUUGAAGAAACGUCU